AUGGUUGUUGCAGCGCAGUAUCACCACAUCUAUAGCGAUACGUGGCAUCUAGAUAUGGUCCUAGCCGAUGCCAGGUCCUCAGAAGAAAGUGCGACUUAUGUAGAAAUAUCUGGACGCCUGGACUGGUACAGUUUUGACAACCGUGGCCGUUUGCUUUGCCAAGCGCUUCUAGACGCCUUGCCUAGGGAGCUUCACGGCAAAAUCACCGGUCUCGAUUUACCCAAGACGUCCAUCGAGGUGAAUCAGAUCGAAAAUAACUCUAUCAACGAGGCCUACUUUCGCGGCGAACUCGAAAACGCCGGAUUCGCUGCCAAGACGGGUGAAACAACGCUAACAAUCGCUUCACUGAAUCCUUCAGCUUUUACGCUGAUCAUGGGGUUGGUGAUGGCGGACCAAAUCUUAUCCCCUUCAAGAAGGCGCAGGCUCCCGUUCAUUGCCAAAUAUCACCAUGAAGUGCCCAUCACUUCCGUCGCUGUACAGGAGCUAGAUCUCAAGGAGCUCAAUCUUCAGACUGGACUGAAAUCCACCAAGGAGGCAUUUGUGGACUACGCAGAUAAUGUGUUGAAAGUAGGCAUCGUCUUUGGGCGACGUCUUCACCAUGGUUGCAGAGCAAUUAGACGGCACUUGGUUGAAAUAUGUCGAUUCUCUCUGCUGGGCAAAUUAAUGCACGAAUAUUAUCCCGCGGAUGCAGUCUUCCUUGUCAUCAACUAG